GGCAGAUGGUGAGGAAAGUUUAGAAGCGCUUCUUUUGAGCGUCUCUCUACUCUCUCGACGGAUUCUCCACCGCAUCGGACAUAUUACACAGGCAUAGACACAAUGCCUUCCAAUUUCCUGACCCCUUUUCUGGAGCUGGACGAGGAGUUUUGCAAGAAUUUCCACGGUCUGGACAUGACAGAUGGCCUUCCAGUCAACACGCAGAGACAGCGCGUCGUGGGUUUCCAGCGCAGGCACUCGCUGUGUCCGGUGACUCUCCCCAACUCCAAGUUCAACAACGGCAGCGUGGAGCCCGUUGCUGAGCCCAUUGGCUGGCCUCUCAGCUCCGGAAACCAACCGUGGAGCCGGGAGUUCCAGCAACAGCUGCCGCGUUCGUCUCUCAACCACAUUCCGUUCCGCGUGGACCGUUCUGUCAGUAUGAUCGAGGGCAACGUCGGCAGCCUGGGCUCGCGCGAACACCAGCUCCCCACCCCCCCGCCCCUGAUGCCCCCGCCAGGCCUGAGCCUCAGCACUGGCUUUCUGUCCACCUCCAAGUGCCUGACCCCCGCCCCCACCCCUCCGCUCUCCACGCGCUACAAGACUGAACUGUGCCGCACGUAUGAGGAGAGCGGGACCUGCAAGUACGGCUCCAAGUGCCAGUUCGCCCACGGCAUGGACGAGGUGCGCGGCCUGAGCCGCCACCCCAAGUACAAGACAGAGCCGUGCCGCACCUUCCACACCAUCGGCUUCUGCCCCUACGGCUCCCGCUGCCACUUUGUCCACAACAACGAGGAGCAGGACUCUCCCCCGGGUACCCAGCACCCCUGGGCCAGAGAGCGCCCCCAGCUGCUCCGCCAGAGCAUCAGCUUUGCCGGCUUCUCUUCCUCCUCUUCCUCCUCCUCCUCCUCUCCGGCCUUCCGUCCGCAGCUGCUGACUGGGUUCCAGCCCCUCCAGGACCCCAUGCUGUUCUCCCGGGCCUCCUCCGUGUCCCCCCCUCCAUCCACAGGGAGCCCUGAGCUCCUCUCCCCCCUCCUGCCUGAGCCGGCGGCCUUCAGACAGGCCUACCCUUUCUCCUCGGACCUGGGGGGGGACCAGCCGGGCACGCCACGCUUCUACGCCCUCACUGACUCCUUGUCCUCCUCAAAGUGCCAGGCCGUGUGUGGGGGGCCGGUGGUCCAGGUGGCCCAGAAGUGUCAUAUUCAGCUCCAGAACCACCAGAACCAUCAGAACCACCAGAGCCAGCGCCAGGCCUUCUCCUUCCCGGCCCUGCCCGUGCUCCACCGCUGCUCCUCGGCCGAGUCCCUCACCGACCUGGAGGGCUACAGCAGUUCCAGCAGCCUCAGCGGAUCCGAGUCGCCCAGCUUCGAGGGACGACGCCUGCCCAUCUUCAGCCGCCUGUCCGUCUCGGACGACUGAGGCCGGUUAGUCCAGUCCACCCGGCUGAAGUUCUGACUGCCUGGCGGACUUUCUGACUGUCCACUCGACUUUCAGACUGCUUGUCGGACCGUCCGUCUGACUAACUUUGUGCAUAUUGCAUUCCUACUCUCUGCAGGUGUAGCUCUGCUCUGUGUCUUGUAAAGUUCCGUCCCCACGUUAAUGUUGAUGAUCAGAACCCAUGUAUACUGUUGUAUACCCGUGUUAGAUUCUAAAGGGUGCUUUGCCUGGCCUUACAUUCACAAUGUAGCCUAGAUGAUGAGAGUUCCAUGUAGGAAUUUUCUGUACCCAUUAUUUGAUCUUUAUUAUAAUAUUUUUUAUAUAAGGUGUCAGGUAUUAUGGGAUUAACCAUGGUUUCUAUUUGCAGAAGUGUGUAGAUGUGACGUGCGCGUGGACACACUCCACUGGUUCCUCUUGUAGCUGAAUACCCUCUAGUGUAUAACCAAAGCUGAACAUAGACUUCUCUACAGCCCCCUCCCCCUGAUGUACUGCACGCAGGAAGUAGCCUUUAGUAAAGGUGACUUAACUCCCAGUAUUAUAAAUCGCUAGUCUAACCAGUUUGUAGUAAUUUAUUCCCUUUUGUGUGUUCUGCAGAGUCAUUUUUUUGUAUUGAUUGUGUAAUGCAUUUGGGAUCCCAUGCAGGAGAAUGUUCUUUACUGUGCUUACAGUCUGCCUUGCUAUUGAGCUAUUUUGUAGCUUUAAGGUUUUAAUAUGAAACAAACUGCAGAGGAAUGUUACGAUGCCAGCGAGAGUGAUACUGUUAUUAAGUUAGCCUGUUCAAUCAAUACUUCUCAUCCAAUCAAUACUCCUCGCUCUUGUUGGAUAGCGUAAGACAGCUGCUCAGUGGCCCAGGAAGGAGUUGGGGGGUACAGGGGGAUGAGGGAGAGGAGGGAGGUCAAACUCCCUUUCUUCAGUUUCUUUUUUUCAUUCCUUCCUCUUAUCCUCAGCCAGGCAGCCAAUCACAUGCUCCCAUUGGGGGUUCAAAGGUUAUUCUGUUGUUAUGGUCGGUUUCUCUCCGGUGAUGCCUCCUGAUAGACUUGUGAUUGUCGACGUACGUUUUAGUAUCUUUGCUGGUUGUUUGUUUGAUUCGAGUUUCCUCAAUGACCAUGUAAUGAGUUUUAUGAGCUUGGUCUCCUGCACGCAAACGAUUUAAGAGGCUUGUGAAAUCAAUGAACUACUGUGUAUGUUUUGUUAUGGUUGUUUUUAACCUUUGGAACUUACAGAAGACCUGCCUUUUAGUGAGCCAUGAGGUGGGCGGGUCAUAUCUGCUGUUCAACUAGGAAGGACUAGAGUUGUCUUGACUUGGGCCUUAACUGUGACUGCAAACUAACAAACGAGGCUUUGCAUUUGUUAACUUAAAUACUUAUUUAUUUGUUUUUUAAGCAAAAACUAUGUUGUGUUGGUUUUAUAUCAUUUUGUUUUUAUAUAAUUUAAGUGCAUUGUUUACAUUCCAUGGGAUGUAAAAUCCCAGUUUGUAUCUUAAUAUAUUUUUCCCGUUUGGUUAAAAAUAAAACAAAAUCUUUA